GCAAAAGUGCGCGCCAUAUUUCUGCUCGGUGUCCCGGAUGUCCCAGUUGGUCCUCGUUGUUUGGGUGGCCCACGCGACUCCCUGCACACCUAAACAAUGUCUGAUAACGCUGACGCCAAACCCGAGGGGGAGGGGAACGAAUACAUCAAGCUUAAAGUGGUGGGCCAGGAUUCUAAUGAGAUCCACUUCAGGGUGAAAAUGACGACACAGAUGGGCAAGCUAAAGAAGUCUUAUAGUGAACGUGUGGGAGUUCCAGUUGCUUCACUUCGCUUUCUUUUUGAUGGGAGACGUAUUAAUGAUGAAGAAACGCCUAAAGCUCUGGAAAUGGAAAACGAUGAUGUCAUUGAGGUCUACCAGGAGCAGACUGGCGGCCAUUGAUGUAAAACAUUCCUGCGAGAGUAGGACUAAGGCAUUCUUAGGUUAAGCAGGCUAUCUUAUUUUUAUAUAUUUUUUCUUUUUAUUUUAACACAAGAACUAUAAUUUACUUUGAGAAAUGUGUGCACCUCUACUAGUGUGCAUAUGUGAUUCUGGGUAGAAUUUUGUAUGUAUCUUUAACAGUUAGUAUACUUCAUCAGCAAUUAUGGGGAACGAAACCUGAAUUGAGAGUUUAAGAUGUUACUCUUGUCAAUCAUAGUUUGAGCUCAGUGUGCAAACACUUAUAUAUGUUAACAUUUUUCUUUUAAUGGUAGUUGGAUUAAAUUUGAAAAAAAAAAAUGAAUAUAUUUAAUAUUUGCCUGAAAUAUUAUUUUUUUAAAUGAUUUUUCUUCCCCCACUGAAAUUGGAAAGACUGUAGUGCAUAUGUUUUCUUAUGUAUUUAGAUGCAUCUGUGAAUGAAAGUUGUGUAAUUCUAAUUCAAAUACAUUCUUAUUCUGCCCCA